UCAAACAGAAACCGAGAGCUUACCUGUGUCCAACUUUUACGCCCCCAGCAAAGUCUUAAAACAAACCGCAAAUCACUUCUCUUCACACAGUUAAUGGUGGUUUUUGCAUGAUUGAACUACUAUAGCCUUUUUCCUGGUCAACAUCUUUUUUCAAUUGUCUUUAUCAUAGAGAGAAAAAGAGAGUAAAGAGGAAUAAGAGCUUAUAAUUGAAUAGUGUGAGCCUCAUUAUAUAUUUGGGAGCACAACCACCAACUGGUCUUCACUCACAGACACGGUUUCUCAGACAACAAGCCUUAGAAUAAUGUCUUGGAUCCUUGUAAUUCUGUUUCUCAGCCUCACAUACGGUAGUGUUUCUGAGGCUAACCAUGACAAGAAGCUUCCUUCUGCUUCUGUGGUUGGCACUGUCUACUGUGACACAUGUUUUCAACUGGAUUUUUCGAGGGGAAGCCAUUUUAUUUCAGGUGCCUCAGUAGGUAUAGAAUGUAAAGAUGGGAAUUCAGUACCAAGAUUCAAGAAAGAAGUGAAGACAGAUGAAAAUGGGGAAUUCAAAGUGCAGCUACCUUUCAAAGUGAGGAAACAUGUGAGGAGAAUCAAAGGGUGUACUUUCAAGUUAAUAAAUAGCAGUGAGCUUCAAUGUGCGGUGGCAUCAGUUUCAACCUCUUCUUCAAUGAGUCUUAAGACAAGAAAUCAAAGAGAACACAUAUUCUCAGCAGGGUUGUUCUCAUUCAAGCCUGUAGAAAAGCCAAACUUUUGUAACAAAAAACAGAGUGUUCAAAACUCCAAUCCACAUGUUUCUGUGAAACCCUUUUCAAAAAUUCCACCAAAAGUUCAAACUACAGUGUUCAAAUCCAAUCCAACUAAAAGUUCAGACAAACCUCAAUCAAAUAAAGAUUUAGCUGAAGAUUUCUUUUUUCCUCCAAAUCCAUUUUUUCCACCACCAUUGAUUCCUAAUCCAUUUCAGCCUCCUCCCCUCAUUCCAAACCCCUUUCAACCACCUCCUCUUAUUCCCAACCCUUUUCAACCACCAAGCCCACCACUCAUUCCCAACCCAUUCCAGCCACCAAGCCCACCACCCCUCAUCCCUAACCCAUUCCAGCCUCCUCCAAGCCCACGUGCACCCCUCAUUCCUAACCCAUUCCAGCCUCCACCCAGCCCACCGCCAUCCUUUUUUCCUCCUUUACCACCAAUAGUAAUACCAGGUUUAACUCCAUCACCACCACCACCUCCACCACCAGCACCAAUUUUCCCUAUUCCUCCUUUCCCUCCACUGUUCCCACCUCUAUUCCCUCCACCUCACAGCCCUGGCACAGCUGCUCCUUCCGAGAAUACUUCUCCUUGAUUAACUAGAUCUUACCGGUCAAUGUGUAAAAAUUUCUUAAAGAUAUUUGUAAAAAAAGAAAAUAAAAAGAGUUAAAGAGGUGAUUUUACCUUAUUACUUCAUUAUUUUCUUCUUUUUAUGAAUAUUUAUUGAGAAAUUUAUCUGAAUGAGCUUUAUAUAGUGUACAAUAUACAUAUGGUUAUGAUAUAAAUAACUAGACAUGAAGAAGGAUAUGUUGCAGAUAAAGUAGCUACUAAGGAAAUAAAAAUACACAUUGUUGCUAUGUUAGUAAUUAGUAAUAAAUAUGAGGAUUUUGA